AUGGAACAGCCCCUGAGACCAGAAAAAUUAGACCUCAAUCCACAAACACCUGAAGCUGGAAAUGCUUUCGAACUCUGGCUGGCCUGUUUCGAAGCGUAUCUAGAGGAGAUUAAAGCGACCGACCCCGUAGCGAAACGCAGAGUUCUACUCCCCAGGGUCAGUCCACGGGUUUAUUCGCUGAUCAGAGACCAGCCGAACUACGAUGGCGUGAUGAACGCACUCAAAAGACAAUACCUGCGGCCGAUAAACAGCGUCUAUGCUCGGCACCGUUUAGCGACACGGCAACAAUGCCCCGGGGAAUCGAGUGCUGAGUUUGUCCAGGCCCUACAGACACUCGUGCGAGCCUGCAAUUGCCAGGAGCUGACGGCGGCGCAGCAUGCAGAACUCCUAGUGAGGGACGCCUUCGUUACGGGGACCAGGUCAGUGUACGUGCGCCAGCGGCUGCUGGAAAAAGCCGAUCUUACCCUAAGUUCGGCGACGGAACUGGCUGAUACAUUGGAGGCUUUCAUUAAGUCGGAGGUGCAGCGGCUGCUCAGGGAGGGGGUCAUUGAGACAAGCACAAGUCCUUGGAGGGCGCAGGUGGUGGUUGUUCGGAACAGGGCGAAGAAUAGGAUGGUUGUGGACUAUAGCCAGACCAUCAAUAGGUUCACGCAGCUCGACGCGUACCCUCUACCCCGCAUCGCGGAUAUGGUCAAUCAGAUAGCACAGUACAAGGUGUACUCGACCAUAGACCUAAAAUCCGCUUACCAUCAGCUCCCCAUCCGCCGGGAGGACCGCCCUUACACUGCCUUUGAGGCGGACAGCAGGCUUUAUCAAUUCCUGCGCGUCCCCUUCAGUGUCACGAAUGGUGUAUCUGUCUUCCAGAGGGCAAUGGACCGGAUGGUGGACCAGUGCCAACUGAAGGCCACAUUCCCAUAUCUGGAUAACAUCACCAUCUGCGGUCACGACCAGCAGGAUCACGACAACAACCUCCAAAAAUUUCUCCAAGCGGCCAAAUCUUUCAACCUCACCUAUAACAAGGACAAGUGUGUAUUUGGGACCACCCGACUUGCUAUCCUUGGGUGUGUCGUGGAGAAUGGAGUCAUUGGCCCUGAUCCCGACCAUAUGUGCCCCUUGUUGGAACUCCCUCUUCCCAAUACCCUCAGAGCCCUCAAAAGGUGCCUGGGCUUCUUUUCAUAUUACGCCCAAUGGGUCUCUAACUGUGCAGACAAGGCCCGCCCCCUGGUCAAGUCCACCACAUUCCCCCUCUCUGCUGAGGCCCACGCGGCCUUCAACCGCAUAAAAGGGGACAUUGCCAAAGCAGCAAUGCAUGCAGUGGAUGAGGCCAUUCCCUUCCAAGUAGAGAGUGACGCCUCCGACUUUGCGCUGGCUGCUACCCUCAACCAGGCAGGAAGACCAGUGGCGUUCUUCUCCCAUACCCUUCAAGGCCCUGAAAAUCGGCACUCUGCGGUAGAGAAAGAGGCCCAGGCCAUAGUGGAAGCUAUAAGGCACUGGAGGCACUAUCUCACUGGCAAAAGGUUCACCCUGCUAACUGACCAGCGCUCAGUCGCAUUCAUGUUUAAUAAUCAGCAGCGGAGCAAAAUCAAAAAUGAUAACAUUCUGAGGUGGAGAAUCGAACUCUCCACCUACAACUAUGACAUCAUGUACAGGCCUGGGAAGCUCAAUGAGCCCUCCGAUGCCCUAUCCCGGGGAACAUGCGCCAGCGCGCAGAUCGACCGGCUAUACACCCUACAUGUAGACCUUUGCCAUCCGGGAGUCACCCGGCUUUUCCACUUCGUGAAAGCCCGGAACCUGCCUUACUCCCUUGAGGAGAUCAGGAUGAUGACCAGGGACUGCCAAGUCUGCGCAGAGUGCAAACCGCACUUCUACCGACUCGAAAAGGCACCAGUCAUCAAGGCCACCCGCCCCUUUGAGCGACUGAGUGUUGACUUUAAGGGCCCCCUUCCCUCCACCGACCGCAAUGUGUACUUUCUUAAUGUAAUUGACGAGUACUUGCGGUUCCCCUUCGCCAUCCCCUGCCCCGACACCACUACCACGUCAGUUAUAAAAACCCUGCGCAAGCUCUUCACUCUGUUCAGAUACCCAUGCUAUAUCCACAGUGACAGAGGGUCCACGUUUAUGAGUGACGAGCUGCGCCAAUACCUGCUGGCUACGGGAAUUGCAACCAGUAGGACCACUAGUUAUAAUCCCCGGGGGAAUGGACAGGUAGAGAAGGAGAAUGGCACGGUGUGGAAAGCCACACUCUUAGCCCUCAAGUUAAAGGGACUGCCGGUCUCCCGCUGGCAGGAGGUCCUUCCCGAGGCACUCCACUCCAUCCGCUCCCUGUUAUGCACAGCCACCAAUGCCACCCUUCAUGAGCGGCUCUUUUCUUUUCCCAGAAAAUCGACCACUGGGACCACCCUACCAUCUUGGCUGACGUCCCCGGGGCCAGUGCUGCUCCGGAAACAUGCAAGGAGCAAUAAAUACUCCCCGAUAGUCGAGAGGGUUCACUUACUUCAUGCGAACCCCCAGUAUGCCUACGUGGUUUUACCUGAUGGGCGGGAGGACACGGUCUCCAUCCGCGACCUGAACCUAACAUUCACUUGCACAGUGGGAGCAAUGAACUCAUCCACCAGCAACAUGGUAGGAAACCGGGAGUAUCUAGGGGAACAUGCAAAUUCCAUACCAGCAGCACUGGAAAUCAAGAUUGAACACGGGCUGCUGGUGCUGGGUUCUACCAUCUGCGCCAUGCUGCUGCUCAACGACAAUGAAUUACUAACAACCUUUUCUUUGUCGAAGUAA